AUGGCUAAAAGAGGAGAAGGAAAUAUACCACCAAGGAGGACGUUGGGUGACUAUGCUUAUCAACAAGGACCAAAACAUUACAAUAGCAUAGUCAUUCCUUCUUUCAACAAUAAGGUCAUGGAAUUAAAGCCAGCACUACUUAGUCUAAUUGGCUUACAUCCCUUUGGUGGAAUGGAUCAUAAGGAUCCAUACACACAUUUGUCUACCUUCAUGGAACUAUGCAGUACUAUGGGAGCUUCUGAUAAAGAUGCUAAAGCUGCCUACCUCAGAGCGUUUCCAUUUUCAUUAGCAGGUCCUUCUAACAACUCUUAUGGAGGUUCUUCAAAUAAGGUUCCACAACAACAACAAGCUCAACUAGACAGAUUGUCCAAGAUGGAAGAUACCUUAAACCAAUUUAUGCAGGUAUCCAUCUCAAACCAAAAGAACAUUGAUGCUUCUAUUAAAAAUCUAGAGGUUCAGGUGGGACAACUGGAGAAACAAAUGUAUGAGCACGAAAGUGGAUCCUUCUCAGCAACCAUAGAGGUCAACCCAAGAGAACAGUGUAAGGCAGUUACAACUAGGAGGGGGACAGUGGUUGGUUUGAAGGAAAAAAAUGAGUUUAGUGAGAACAAGACAAAUGAAGGAGUUGAGAAAACAAGUGAUGAAAAAGAAGUAGUUGAAAAAAAGCAAAAAAAUGAAUUAUUAGCUAAAGAGAAGGAAGUAGAGAAGCAGGAAUUGCCAGCAUCUAACAAAGGAAAAUUUAUUAACAUUCCCUUUUCAGAAGCAUUAAAGCAAAUGCCAACAUAUGCCAAAUUCAUGAAAGAAUUGAUUACAAAGAAAAGGAGAAUCACAGAUGAUGAAACAAUAGAGCUGGAAGCAGGAUGCAGUGCAAUCAUCCAAAAAUCUAUUUCGGAAAAAUCACGAGAUCCCGGUAGUUUCACAAUUCUUGUGACUAUUGGGAAAUUAUCGGUGGGCAGGGUACUUAUUGAUUUAGGUGCAAGAAUCAACCUCAUGCUCUUAUCCAUGAUCAAAUGCAUCAGAGAAGUUGAAAUUAGACCCACAAGGAUGGCAUUGCAACUAGCUGACAGAACUAUCAAGCAUCCUUAUGGUAUUAUUGAAGAUGUGUUAGUAAAAGUCAACAAAUUUCUCUUUCCAGCCGACUUCGUGGUGAUGGACAUGGAUGAAGACAAUGAAUUUCCAUUAAUUCUUGGCAGACCUUUUAUGAAGACUGUCAAAAUAAUGAUUGAUGUAGAUGAUGAAAAACUCACUGUUAGAGUCCAAAGUGAGGAAGUCCAAUUUAAUGUCUUCAAGGCCAUGAAGCACCCAAAAGAUAAAGGGGAGUGUUUUCGAAUGGAUGUCUUGGAUGAGAUAAUUUUUUACUCUAAAAAGUAUACUCAAAGAAAAGAUGGGUUAGAAAAAACAUUGACUGAAGCGUUUAAGGAGAUAAGUGAAGUUGAAGCAAAGAAAAAUUUAGAAUGUCUCCAACAUCUAGAUGCCUUCAGAGAAAGUCCUUACAACCAAUCUCUCUUUGAAGAAAUAAAAGGAGAGAAGCCAAAGAAAGAAUCAAAAGAAUUGAAAGCCUUACCUCCACACUUGAAAUAUGUUUUUCUUGCAGAUAAUUCAUAG